UAAGAAAUGCACGAGUGAACAAAAUGCAAGCGUCUUAUUGUCAAAGGACCUCUCGUGGCGUGACUUUUAUUGGUAUUUGAUGCAGCAGCAAUACGUUGGAUACCAAGGUGAUACUAGAUUCAUUUGAUCCCAUACCCAAUCGAUGGAAGACCAGUACGUGUAGUGUGAUUAAUACAUCUGUGCACACAGCGUGCACAGCCCGUGGCAACUGCCACUGCAUGGUGCACGGCAGCACUACCACCUGUCGUUGAGUUUAUCGUUUUGACAGCGUGUUUUCGACAACUAGUGAAAGAGGUGUAAGUUAUAAUUUACUCUGCGUCACUAAAUCGUUGCGCACUAAGACACUUGUCAUUAAGGCUUCACUGGGCGAUAUUCAACUCGAGGAACAAGUGUAUGUAUGUAGGAUCUGUCCGCACUAUGAACGAGUGUGGCCGAGUCUCUCCCCGCAUCGCCAACUGCAUACAGAAUUCAACAAACUUACUUCGAGAGAAACGUGACCCUCGCUGGCGGAUAGGUGUUAACUGUCUUAAUUAUCAGGAUCAGACACACUCGAAACUGUAUCAACAAACUUCAAGAGGCCUAUUUGUCAACAGUUUGUACUGAGAAAACACCAUCACUCACAAGGAAGACAUUGUAUCGUCUGUUCUGAUUCUUCAACAUAACAAUAGCUAUUGAACUCCGGUAAUCCACAUUACAAAUUGGGUAUUAUCUUGGACUGGAUUUGUGACGGAUCAACGCAUGUCCAGGUUUGCGGACGACUUUGAGAUCACUGUUUCAAACGACAUGUGGACAAACAGAUCAGCGUGGGUAUAUCAUUUCAUUGAACAGAUCGCGGGAUAAACAUAUAUCGUCUGCUAGUGAUCAUCCUCUUGAUGUUUUCGGUUCUCGCACCAGAAGAGGGGAAUACCUUGAAUAUUUUCUUCUUUCAGAACCACUCUCUGUCCCCUCAUCUCCAUCAGAUGAAGAGGCAAUACACUGGCGCAACCAUCGUGCAUUGCAUCAGCGUUCAACUUUUUCAUUCAGUGGAUUAAAAACAAACACAUCACCUGUUGAAAAUAAUCACUAUCGGCUUGACAGGAUAACACCAGAAGACAUAUUGGAUACAUAUAUGCUUCUAUACAACGUACUGCUUACUAUUUCUCAAGUGGAUUAAGAAUAAACAUAUCAUCUACUGAAAGUUACAUCUAUAUAGCCUGCCCGGAUAGGCAUCUUCAAAGGAAGACACUAUGGGGACAGGUAUGUUUCAUAAAGUACUUUAUCAUAUCCUGGAUUAGCUUUCUAAAUAAACAUAUGGAUGAUAUAUCUCCUUCCAAUUUGUCCGGCCAUGCAUUACUAGCAGCCCGGAAUAUAUUAUAUGAAGGCUUUAUCUGAAUUAUUUCACGGAGCAGAUUCAGAAGUGAAACAUAUCGUGUGCUGAAGCUAUCCUUCUGGAACCUGUCACACCCGAGUUAGCAAUCCCGGACAAUAGCCGUGCUGUGGCGGUUUGUCGUACACCGGGAGAACAUUGUGAGGGAGCGAGCUCCACGUCUGUGUCACAGUGUCAGCACUGGAUUAAACCCUGUCAUCAAAGCAGCGCAUCCAGUCUGAAGGGAUCUCCCAGUGAUGUCAGAUGCUGAGUGGAAGUAAGUGAAGCGUUGACAUCAUCCAUGCACCUAUCCACCCGCCAGCUGAUGAUGUAGUAGUGGUAGUAGCUGCAGGCGACUAUGAUCGACAGGGUGGGAUGUGUCGUCCUCUGAAGACGCGGUGAUGACAUACACAGCGGGAAUCUGUGGUAACAUCGCCACCUAUGAGGUGGGUCUCCGUGGGAACUAGAUCUGGAACCGCCCAGAUGAGAGCAUCGUCUUUGGAACAAGGAUAUUCAGAACUCGUGUGUUAGUGGUGUUCUGUUGGAUGUGAAGUCUAUGUGACUUUUGGUUCAUCUUAUUUUCCAACUAUGGAGUUGAACAGCGUGUAGUAUACUGUAAUACCUUUGUUGUCGGAAGUUCAACGACUUGCGCACUUUGACUUGUUUUUAUCUACAGGGAUACUAACAGUGAUAAGUGUUCCGUGUUGAAGGGAACACGUGGAGGUGUGUGUAGAUCCAGUGUUGUGCAUAUUCAGUUAAAUGUGGAAACAGCGUUCUUCUGGUUAUCAGAAUCAAACAAACCUGUUCAGAUAAUUCCCAGCAGUACAGAGGAAUACCUGAUAGUGAUCGAAACUGGAGAAGUUUGUUGUUGAUGAGGUGUCUGAAUGACAAGCGUGGGAACUUGUAAAUGUUACGAUACCGCUAUGUACCCAAGCGCUCAACCCGAAAGGAGGCAGUCGAGGAGGACUCGCAGGGGGGUCCCGGGCAGACGACAAUCCGGCGCAGACGACAAUCGUCCGGGACCAAAGUGCAAAUGGCUGCAGAAGCUUUCCCUCUCCCUCCAGAGGUCGCAGCUGACCCCCUCUCAGACGACGCCGGGGAGACAGAUAACAGCAAGGACUCCGGCAGAGAAGGAUUGGCCGGAAUGCAUCAGCCCCGCAGGAGGAAGAAACGCCCGAUCCAUGGUGUAAAGACGGUGGCGGUGACCCGGGGCAGGUCGGGCUAUGGAUUCACGAUAUCAGGCCAGCAUCCCUGUGUCCUUAGUUGUAUUGUGGCCGGCAGUCCCGCAGAACAGGCCGGACUCAAACCAGGGGACUAUCUGGUGUCAGUGAACUGCGAGAAUGUGUCCCGCUACAGCCAUGAUGAUGUGGUUCGUAUGGUCGGCUUGUCGACAGGGACUCUUGAGCUGCAGGUGGCGGAGAACUACAACAGCUCUGAUUCCUCAGACGAUGAUUACCCACCACGUACAAAGUCCAGAUAUCCAAAUCGUAUUCGUCCCAGACAAGCUUUUGAAAGAAACACGAGAGAUAAACAUUCAAAUUCUGAUCUUAAUAGCCGACCACACAGAGGGGCCGAUGUAAGGGGAGAUAACAUGAAACUAAGACAUAGGCAAGUGAUAGGUGGUGAGUCUGAGACCUCCCAGAACUCGUCUCUCACUGAUGGGGCGUCUCAAGAUAGAAUUUAUUCUUCAGACCAAUCUGCCUUUCACCAGUAUGUGUCUGCUGAUAAAAACUCCCAUAGGCAGGAGUCCAGAGCCAGCUUGAAGCAACUAAGAGACUCAAAAUCAAAUCUUCAACAAGACCCAAGAUCAAAUGUACAAUAUGGACAGAGCUCACGCACAAGUUUGCAUAAAAACUCAAAGCCGCCCCCACCCCAACGAGGCUCAAAAUCGUCUUUAAAUUCUUGCCAGCAAACAUCAAAGUCAAGUUUGAAUGGCAUGGAAAAUGCUACAAUAACGUCAACAGGAUCUGUCCAAUUUCAAGAACUUCACUCUCAGAAUAUCUCAGGGUUCCAGGGUAUGUUCCCGACAUCUGGCAUCGUGUCAUCACAUGGCCUGUCCAGCUCUGGGAUGUCCGACCCAGGACAGUUGCCACGGGAACAGCAGGCAGAAGGAGCAGAAGCUGCUGCUGCUGUUCCUGCAAGUCCGGGGUACCCCGAGGAUGACGAUAGCUUUGAUAUGCAGCCCCCUGCUGGUGACAUCAAGGCUAUCGUGGGAUAUAUUGGCUCAAUCGAGAUGCCAAGCAACUCAAGUAGACCCCACCAGAGAAUUCAGUCUUUAAGAAAUGCAGUGCGGAGACUUCGCAUCGAGCAGAAGAUUCACACUCUUGUUCUUAUGGAAGUAGACCCUGAUGGUGUCAAGUUGACAAAUGCAAUGGGAGCCGGUAUAGCUCAUUACCCAGUGGACAGGCUAGCGUUCAGUGGUGUCUGUCCAGACGAUAAACGGUUCUUCGGAAUUGUGACUCUUCAUGCUCCAAGUGAUGAUAUGAGCGAGAUGAGUGUGCAGAGGGAUGAUGCACCGACUGCCAGCUCGUGUCAUAUCUUCAUGGUGGACCCAGAGCUAAGAUCUCAUAACAGCCAUACUCAAAAAGCCAAAGCCUUCAACAUUCAGUGUACUGUCGAUCCUGAAACACAAAGGUGUCUGGAGUUCCCUCGCUCUGCAACUCCAAUAAUAUUAUCUGUAGCCAAUCUCUACAAGGACCGUCCUCGUGGUGUGUAUGAGAAUGAUAUUGUCCAGUCUCAAGCCCUCGCUGACCCAGUUCGGGCCAUCCAGCGCAGCAGCAGCAACAGCAGCAAUAGUGACAGUGGUCUGGGCUUUGGCCGUGAGGACAAAGUGAACGAGCGUGUGUUUGUUGUGGACAUGCCAGUAGAUGCUGCUCAGAAUCAGGGAGUAGCAGAGGCUUCUGGGAACCCAACACGAUCUAACCCUAACCAUGCCCUUCAGCAUUUGUCUCCUGAAGUGAACACUAUGCCUACACCAAGACACAAUUCCACACGACCACAGUCGGCCAUGGAGAUCCGACGUGGAAUGAACACUUCAACAAGCAGCGAGGAAUGUUGGCAGGGUAGCAAACUUAAUCCACGUGCAAUGCCUGAUCCGAUCUCACUCUGGAAAGCAAGGUCAUCAGAUGACCUUGAGAGACAGAAUAAUGCCGAGACAUUGCGUAUGAGCAUGCAUAAGUUACUCCAAGCAAGACAAAGACAUGCCAGCGAACAGAAUCUUAGCAGUGAUACUGAGUCCCAAGACUCGCGGGAUUGUUUCCUAGGCAGGAAUGGGUUUACUGCCCCACGACCAGUGUCGGCUCCAUUUGCUCAGUUAAACUUCAUUAAGAGUGAGAAGGUUGAGGCUGUUGACCUGGCUGCAGGGAAACUGAGCCCGCGAGCCUUUAGUGCAGCGAGCCUUGCCAAGUACGCCGGCAGAUCCCCUUCAGCACCUCCCAUUCCGUACUUCCAAGGUGACGAUGAUGAUGAUGAUGAUGAUUCUGAGGAGGAAGACGAUCCAUUCGUCCGUGGAAUCAUUUCACGACUUAACAGAGACAAAGCUCUCGGUCUAGCAGAUGAGGAUCCUAGACGAUAUUCCGAAGGAUUCGCAUUGGCUAGAAAGAGAGAGAAGGAGAGAACUGACGUAGCAGCUUUGCAGAAGUGGACAAAGACGGGGUCAUUCAGACGAAAUCGAGGAAUGAAAAUUCAAAAUCCACUCAGCCACUCGCACGAGUCGCUGAUAGCAGGAGAUGGCGACCAGUCAAUUCAGAAGUUGUUGCCGGCAAAUAGUGUCAACAGCAUCGUUGCCCAAGUGGCCAAGAAGGACGAUAAGGAUGAAGUUGGCCGUGUGGCUGGCUGGGCAGUCAACUUCGACAAACUUCUUCGCGACAACGGCGGUGUUGUUGUCUUCACUGAAUUCUUGAAGAAGGAGUUCAGUGAAGAGAACAUUGUCUUCUGGCGUCUGUGUGAGCAGUACAAACAACUCAGCAAUGACGAUGAGAGAAAAGCCAGGGCGAAGGAAAUCUUCACCAAGCACCUGUCCUCCAAGGCUUCAGAGCCUGUCAAUGUGGACAGCACGUCACGUCAGAAUGCAGAGAAGCAUCUUGACAACCCCAUCCCUUCCAUGUUUGACAUGGCGCAGAAACAUAUCUGGCAGCUGAUGAAGCAGGACAGCUAUGUCCGGUUCCUGAAGAGUGACAUGUACAAGACAUACCUGAUGAGGGAGAUGGAAGGGAGACAACUGGAACUGCCCCACGAUCAGAUGGCGGGAGCCAGUAAGGACGACAAGAAGAAUGGAAAGGGCAAAGAAAAUGAGAAGAGAAGGAGGUCUUUGUUGCCAUGGAGACAAAAUAAGAACAAACACAGCAACAACAAGAUACCCUCCGACGCUGAACUGAAGCGUGUGGCUACCAAGGACAUCAAGAUCAAGGACAAGGAGGUCAACAACAACCUGAAGAAAUGUCCUGGGCCCGGAAUCGACCUGAGCACCAUGAGGAAGGAGGUGUUCCAGACGAAGGAGGAGAUGAGGGACCCCAACGAGGGCCAGUUCAAGUUCUGCCGUGUCGUGCUCCCUGACGGCUCCACCACUGUCGUGUGUGCCAAGCCUGGCCAGUCCAGUCGCUCGGUGCUGGGGAAGCUGUGUGAGAAACGAGGCCUCUCCAUUGCUGCUGUCGACGUGUUUCUUCUCGGCUCGGACAAGCCACUUGACCUUAGUGAGGACGUGUCCACCCUUGGGUCAAAGGAGGUUGUCAUCGAGCGAAGGGUUCUGUUCCGUAUGGACUUCCCCAACAAGAAAUCCAUCGGGGUCAAGGCCAAGCCUAACAGAACCAUCCGAGAUGUGUUCAAGCCCAUUCUCAAUAAAUAUGGCUACAGAAUCGAGAACAUUGCUGUUCAGCUGUCGGGGCACGAGGAGCUGCUAGACAUUGAUAUGUUGGUGUCCCAGUUAGACAACCAGCGGGUCGUCAUCCUCACCAAGGAGACGUUAGGACCUCUGCCAUGCACAUGCUCGUGUCAUUGUAGACGAGACUGGGUUGGCGAGGAGCGACCUGGCAUGUCGUCCACCCUUCACAGACCCCCUCUCCCGCCCACAGCUAGCCGGCACAAAUCUGGUAGCCUGGGUAACAUUAAGGCAGGAUCGCUAGACGAAAUAACUAAUCGUAUAUUUGAGGACUUGAUGAAAGGGAAAGCGGAAUCAGCUCAUAAUUUUGAUGAACUUGGUAUUGUGGAACUGGAAAAGACCAAGGCUCCCAAAAAUCCAGACGAGCAUCGCUUAUCAGGCUUAUUCGGCCUACUGAGAAGAGAGUCAGUGGGCAAAGCAAAAGACAGCAAGCAGCCGAAGUCUACAACAGCAAAGAGCAAGGUGACCUUUGCUCUCCCAAAGAAUGAAACCCGUCCAAGAUCUGAUCCAGAAAAUGAAAAACUCUUCGAGCUUCUGUCACGAGCUCAGAGUCAGAGGCUGGACGACCAGAGAGGAGUGGGCACAGACUCUGUCGAGAUUCCAGAGUUCCUGAGGAUGGAGACGCCGGUGCCGACCGACAGCCCAACAACACGCGGGGUGUCUUCCACUGAUCUCUUCGAUGACGUGGAAUACUUGCAGGGUCAUGGCCGCCCAUCCAGAGGAGCCCAGACACCUCAAGGUCAAGGUCCAAAUCCCAGUUCCAGGAAGGUCAACAAAUUUACCACAUUCGGAACUCCUGGGUUUGGCUCGUCCAAUCAGAGCUUUAGUUUGGAUGGUCAGAUGCCGUCACAAGAACUGGCAGACGAGUACUUCCAAAUGCAACCAGUAGUUUUAGAUGCGAAUGAAUUCGACAUGGAGAACAUCGAGAACUUUUAUCAGACGAACGUCCAACAAGAGCAUGAGUGGGCUGAAACACCCCAUCAUCUCGGUGUGCAACACCUCACAUCUCCAGCCCCCAUGGCUUCCCCUGAGAGGUUUUCCCCAAGAAGGAAGCUUCACGAGAGAUUCAAUGAACAGAAAGUGUGUGAAGCUAUUGAUCAAACUUUUAUGGAUCAAAACAAAAAGGGUGUCACACUAAACAUCCACUCCUCACCUAGACCGCCCCCACCCCUGCUUCUUACGCCGAGAGAAAUCCCCAGGAAACCCCCCAAUUACACACCACCACCACCACUGUCGGAAAUUAACAAAGACUUAAACAGUUCUCAUACAAGACAUUCCGAGAGCUCUAGCUUUCACCGACCCCUCAAACACAGUGGUCAGGUGAAGGAUUUGGCCUCACUGCGGGACAGUGAGAACUUGUGUUCACAACCAAAUGACAGACUUUCUGCAUCAGCUGAAGGAAACCCUGGGGCCACGCCCAAACAUCUCGGAAACACUCAGCAUAGUCAAGUAGUGGUGGACAUUAAAUAUGGGGAAGAAACAGUGACGUUUGUGUAAUUUCAAAUGUUUGUCAUUAUGUUUGUAAUAAUGGUUGUGAACUGCUAGGUUGUCUCAUUUAUGUUGUGAAGUUUUACUUGGCAAAUCAUUUGUUAACUGUCAUAUUUCUUAAUACUAUAAGUAUUAUAUUCUUUUUACAAAAGACGGGAAAUGUUUUUAAACAUUUAGAAUAGUUUUUGUUAGAAUAUGACCUUGUACACUCACGGGAUCAGUGUCAUACAGUGUUUGUAGUUGAGAAGUUGUAACCUUGUUAAAUGGCAAUUAAUUUUUAGUUCCUGUAAGUAUCAUGCAUUUUAAUUUUUAAAAUAUUAAAAUGUUUAUUUUAUGGCAUUUUAUUCAUCAUAAAAUGGAAUUGUGUAAAUAACACAGGGAGGUCACUCAUGAGCCUUGGAAAUUGCCUUCAUUGUAUGUGAGAUGCACGAGAGAGUAUGGUGCUAAUUUGUAAAGAAAUUGUAUAUAUGUAUGUACAGUUUUAUUGUAUAGAAAAUUGUAUUUAUUAUGUUUAUAGAAAUGGACGCAGCUUUCAAUAAAAACUUGAAAGUAAA